GUAAUAGCUGGACAGGAACGGCGCCCAAGGAAUCAUCUCUCAGUUCUUGAAGCAUUUGGGAACACCAAAACUCUCAGGUUUCUCUCUUCUUUGCCGCAGCUCGAGCUCUCUCUCCAACGCAACGCUCGCUCUCUCUCCCGAUCUCAGACGCACACCCUCUCUUCUUUGUUUUGGUCUUCAGAGCUCUCUCUCUCUCUUCUUUGCCGCAGCUCUCCCUCUCCCUCUCUCUCUUCUGUGUUUUGGUUCUCUCGUAUUAAGCUCACUCUCUCCAAGCUCAGAUACUUGAAGCAUUACAACUCAGAUUCUCCAGCUCUCUCCUUCUCUGACGCCUCUCCAGCUCUCUCUCUCUCAAGCUCACACUCUUGCUCACACUUAAGCUCACACUCUCAAGCUCACUCUCUGACGUUGUUCCUCUCACUUUUUAAGAUGGCAAAAGAUAUGAUUAAAAGAUGGAUAUUGGAAGAUGAGGAUGGUGAUUAUGACGAUGAGCUUGGCUUGUUUGAUGUGGCUACUGAGAGAGUGAGUCAUCGAACAGAUAGAGGAGCAGGAUGGCGUUAUGUUCAACAGCUUAUGUAUGAAUCUGAUCAGCAGUGCUAUGAUAUUCUUCGGAUGCAUCAGAGAACUUUUAAAGCUUUGUGUAAGUUGCUAACUGAGCAAUAUGGAUUGAAAGAGUCUCACAACGUCUACCUUGAGGAAUCUGUUGCAAUGUUUCUUGAGGUUGUUGGUCAAGACAAGACUAAGCGGGUUAUUGCUUCAAGGUAUCAAAGAUCAUUGGAUACGGUACAAAGGAAGCUUGAUGAUGUCUUAUGUGCUCUUCUCAAGUUUGCAGCAGAUACACUAAGACCACAAGAAGGCGAGUUUGAAAGAGUAAGUCCUGUUGUGAGGAAUGAUCGUCAGUAUUGGCCUCAUUUCAAAGAUUGUGUCGGAGCACUUGAUGGAACGCAUGUCCCGGUUCGUCCUCCAAGUCAGAAUGCAGAAGCAUAUAAUGGUAGAAAAGGAGUUACAAUGAAUGUUCUCGCCAUAUGUAACUUCGAUAUGAAGUUCAUAUAUGCAUAUGUUGGAGUACCUGGUAGAGCACAUGAUUCAAAAGUCUUGACUCAUUGUGCGAGGAAUGAGGCUUCUUUCCCACAUCCUCCUCCUGGAAAGUACUACCUAGUUGAUUCCGGAUACUCGACCAGGACAGGGUAUCUUGGUCCGCAUCGUAAUAUGCGAUAUCAUAUUCCUCAAUUUCAGAGAGGAGGACCACCAGUUAGUGCACGAGAGCUGUUUAACAAAAGGCAUUCAAGUCUGCGAUCAUACAUUGAGAGGACAUUUGGAGUAUGGAAAGCAAAAUGGAGGAUUUUGGACCGUAAGCAUCCAAAGUAUGGUCUGGUCAAGUGGAUUAAGUUGGUGACAGCGACGAUGGCAUUACACAACUUCAUACGUGAUUCACAUCGGGAUGAUCAAGAUUUUUUAGAAUGGGAAAAUGUUGAUGUUGGAGUAGAAGAAGCUCAUGAUGGUGAUGAAGAAGAAGAAGAAGAAGAAGAAGAAGGUGAUGAUGAUGAUGGUGGUGGACAUAUUGAAUAUGAACCGAGAGGUGAUACAUCAAUGGAGGCUUUGCGUGAUAACAUCACAAAUGGAUUUGGUAGAGGUCGUUUACCAUAUUAAAUCAUGUUUUAGUUAAUGAUUUGAUUUUUUUUUAAGACUUGCUGUAAUAUUUUUUUUAUCAACCAACUUAAUUUCAUGUUUCUUUUAUCUGUAAAACAUAUUUGCCUUAUUUGUUUGAAAUGAUAAUUC